CUCUCUCACUCCCUCUCCCUCUCUCUCGCUCCCUCUCUCUCUCUCGCUCCCCCCCUCGCUUGCUUUUCCUUCUUUAUUCUCUCACACUCUUCCUUUCACAAUCAUGCAGUGCAGAGUCCGUGUGGAGUAAGAAGAAGCCAAUAGGAUGAGGUUUUGGUAAUAGAUGCAAAUGAUCAUGAAAAGACACUGCAAAAUAUGAAACAACUCAUUUGCGCUGAAGUAAAUCACUGAAAACUGUUUAUGAACUGGCAUUUCUUCUUGGAAAUGUAAAGCGAGAACUCUUUAAGUGGCGAUUUUUUUUUUUUUUUUAGGGGUGGGGGGGGAGGAAAGAAUUCGAUAUCAUGCAGGCUUAGAGUUUUGAUUAUAUCCUCCUUUUAUAUUCCUGGAAAACACAAACUGUUGUUGCUUAGCAUCUUAGCGCUUUCUUUUUUUGCUGAUAGAUUCCCGUGGUCAGGUUUGGUUGGCUACUUUUUUUUUUUUUUUUUUUUUUUUUUUUUUCCUCCUCCGAACAAAUAUUAUUAUUUAAAUUAAGAUGAGCUCUUAUUUUGUCAACUCACUAUUCUCCAAAUACAAAACCGGGGACUCCUUGCGUCCCAAUUACUAUGACUGUGGGUUCGCUCAGGAUCUUGGGGGCAGACCCACGGUGGUGUACGGACCCAGCACGGGGGGCACCUUCCAGCAUCCGACCCAAAUCCAGGAGUUUUACCACGGAGCAUCCUCACUCUCCAGCUCCCCUUACCAACAGAAUCCCUGCGCCGUGGCGUGCCAUGGGGACCCCAGCAACUUCUAUGGCUACGACCCCUUGCAAAGGCAGAGCCUCUUCAGCGCCCAGGAGUCGGACUUGGUGCAGUACACGGACUGCAAGCUUGCUGCCAGCGGCCUUGGAGAGGAGGCAGAGAGCUCGGAGCAGAGCCCUUCUCCGACCCAGCUUUUCCCCUGGAUGCGACCGCAAGCAGCCGCUGGACGGAGGAGGGGGAGGCAAACCUACAGCCGCUACCAGACGCUGGAACUGGAGAAGGAAUUUCUAUUUAAUCCCUACCUGACCCGCAAACGGAGGAUCGAGGUCUCGCAUGCCCUGGGAUUGACAGAAAGGCAGGUCAAAAUCUGGUUCCAGAACAGGAGGAUGAAAUGGAAAAAGGAAAACAACAAAGACAAGUUUCCCAGCAGCAAAUGCGAGCAGGAGGAACUGGAAAAACAGAAAAUGGAAAGAGCCCAGGAGGUGGACGAGGAAGGGGAAGCACAGAAGGUGGACAAGAAAUAAAAGGAUUUUUAAGGACUGAAAGGCAAGCGCUGCUGGGGUGGAAGAGCCCCUAAGCCUCACAUUAAUGGUAGUUAAUGUAAGGGAGGGAUGGGAAACAACAAUGCAUAGAAAAGAGAAAUAAUAAUAAUAAUAAUAAAUAAAAUAAUAAUAAUAAUAAACCAACAACAUUUUAUUGCUGUAAAACAAUAUAGCUGUAAGCACCACUUUCCUAAUUGUCCUUUGAAACAAUGAACAGUAUGCAAAAGUGGUCUGGAGGUCUCUCCUGCCUUUUGCCAGUUAUUAACUAGUGGUAGUGUAACGCAAUAGCUUAUGUAAAACAUGACUGUGAAUUUUUUUCUCUCUCUCUGUCUUUCUGUCUCUCUCUUCUUUCCUGGGGGGUGGGUUGGUUAACAUAGCUUUCAAUGCUAUAGGAGUUAUGUGAAAUUACAUUUGUGCACUUUUAAAAAACUUUCCACUUUUU